UCCCACAGCUCAAAAUAAAGUGAAACUUCACAACCUUUUCUAUACUAAGAAAGAAAAAAAAAAUCAAGAAAAGCUACAACUUUGCUUUCUUGACCCCCCUCUCAUGCUCCCCACUCUCCUUUCUCCCUUCCCACAUAAUUUCAUGGCAUCUACUCAUUAAUAAACAGAAAAAAAGGUGAUUUUUUUUUUCAAAAACCCUCUUCAAAUUAAAAGGGGUUCCACCAUUGUCCUUCAUUUAUUCAUCUGCCCAAAUCAGAAAGAUUUCAUUUAUUUUUUUAUUUUUUUGGUGUUCUUGAUGGUGAAGAAAUGAGUGCUAAUAAUAAUAAUAAUGGUGGUGCUGCAAAUUCCACAGCUACAAGAUUCAUCAAGUGUGUGACAGUUGGAGAUGGUGCAGUUGGCAAGACUUGCCUUUUGAUCUCCUACACCAGCAACACUUUCCCCACUGUAUGUGUUUUUAUCUUAAAAAUCGUUUCUUUUUCUUCUUUUCUUCUUUCAUAUUGCAUUUUCCUCUCUCAUUUUCUUGAUCCCUCUUUGUGUGUGUUUGGUGAAGAGCUGAAGAAGCAAAUAGGAGCAGUAGCUUAUAUUGAGUGCAGUGCAAAGACACAGCAGAAUGUGAAAGCUGUAUUUGAUGCGGCGAUAAAAGUGGUUCUCCGCCCUCCGAAAAUCAAGAAACACACGACGAGAUAUAAAUCGUGCCGCCUUCUCUAAUCGACGAUUUUGGUGAAAUUUAAAGCUGAGAUCAAUUGUCCUUUUUUUUUUUUUUUUUUAAUUUUUUGUUUUGUUUAUAUUAAUGUUAGGACAAAAUGGAAGUGCUUUGUGUUGUCUCCUUUUGUUAAUUAACCUUCAUUUGGUUUGUUGUAUUGGUUUCAUUUCAUUUGCUCUUCUGCUUA